GAAAAGAUCAACGAUGUCGGCUUUGGCCUUUAUCAGGUACACGUUUUCAUCCUUUGCGCAGGUGCUGUAGUCGCGGAGGUGACUGGCCUCCAGACAGCUGCUGGUCUGACGUCUGCCAUUGUCCAGGAGUACAAGAUAGAAACCGACGUUGGCCAGGAGGCGCAGAUGCUGGCAACCUACAUGGGCUUUGCGCUUGGCACCCUCAGCUCAGGCUCUGCAGGCGACCUUUUCGGUCGUCGUUUACCGGUGCUUCUGGCUUACUGUGGGAUGCUUUUAUCAGCGCUGGGUUUGUUCCUUACGAGCAGCUACGAGGCUCUCUGCAUUGGUUUCAGCGUUUUCGGCUUCUUUGGUGGCCUGGGAAUCCCAGCAGCUUUCAUAGCGCUAGCAGAAGUGUGCCCCACGCGCUUGCGGGGCAUCGUCAAUGCCGCGAUGGCCGUUUCGUUCUGCUGUGGAGAAGUUUGGUCGGCCCUUGGCUUUCGGCUGCUCCUACCGGAUCUAAUUGGAUCUGGUUGGAGGUCGAUGUUGUUGUGGAUUGGUUUGCCGCCGUUGGUGCUCUUAUGUCUUGGUUGCCUCAGCCCUGCCACGCGCUUUGACACACCGCAUUUCCUGAGUGCCCGAGGGCGGCGGCAAGAGCUGGCGCAGGUGAUGCAGCUCAUGGCCACGAUGAACAACCGGGAGGUCUCAGUCGAAGAGCUGGCUCCAGCCGCGUCCGAACCGGGUGAG